AUGUUGCAUCCAGAAGUUAAUAAGUUAUAUAUGGGAACCAUACCAGACGUCAACAAGCAUGGAUUAAAUGUGAAAUUGAAUGGAUUUAGCAAGCCAUUUGAGGGAUUUAUUCAUAAUUUGGAGUUGAUGGGAAUUGUGUCAGACGCAAACCAAUUUUUGUCAAUGACAAUCAGAAAUGUCGAACAGCCAGCAAAUAAACAUCAGUGUAAUUAUGAGAAUAAGGAACUAAAACGCACGAUUCGUGUAGCUAGUCCUGGUCGUAGAGAAAUUGCUCAAUUCACUAAUUCAAGAUCAGCUACAAAGGGUGGCUUUGAUAGUUCCUGGGAAAAGCCAAAGCAGCUUUAUCAUUCAUUUGAAAAAUUGAGUAUAUCAUCAGUAGUUCCAAAGAAGUCUCCAUCCUCAAUCAAUUAUGUUAAACGAUGCAAAAUGUCAAUUAAGGAACAACGUGAAUCGUUGCCAAUUUUCAGCUCUCGAGAAGCCAUUAUUAAAGCUGUAAGUAAAAAUCCAGUAACAAUUGUGAUCGCUGAAACUGGUUCAGGUAAAGUUAUAGACAUAGUGGCCUUAAAGUUGACAAAAUACAUAUUGACACUAUCUGCUUUGCAGCCACGUCGUUUUGCAGCUGUGAGCGUUGCUACGCGUGUUGCAAAUGAAUAUGGAUGUCUUGUUGGUCAAGAAGUUGGAUAUAAAAUCAGAUUUGAUGAUCACACUAAUCCAAAAACAAUCAUUAAGUACAUGACCGAUGGAAUUUUACUUCGUGAAUGCUUAUCAGAUGCCAAUUUGGAUACAUAUUCCGUUAUCAUUUUGGAUGAGGCACAUGAAAGAUCUAUGAAUGCUGAUGUUUUGUUUGGACUGUUGAAGAAAGCAGUGAAGCGUCGACCAAAGCUUCGUAUAGUCAUUUCCUCAGCAACAUUAGAUUACGCUAAAUUUGCUAAAUUCUUUGAUAAUGCUAAAGUUCUUCAAAUACCGGGAUCAAUAUUUCCAGUUGAGACGCUCUACUAUCGAUAUCCAGUAUCUGAUUAUUUGAAUGCAGCCUUAAGCACUGUCUUAAACAUCCAAAUGCGAGAACCAGACGGAGAUAUAUUGUUAUUCUUAACAGGACAAGAUGAAAUUGAGCGUGCAUGUGACGCUCUAGAAGAAUAUGUAUCUUUAAAUAGGUCCCGCUUCCGUCUUGAUCUCAUAAUCCUUCCUAUGUUUGCGGCAUUGCCACCUGACAUGCAAAGUGAUGUCUUAACACCAGCACCAAAAGAAAGCCGUAAAGUCAUUAUCGCUACCAAUAUUGCAGAAGCUUCUGUGACAAUUGAUGGAAUUAAGUUUGUUGUUGAUCAAGGAUAUACGAAACAAAAGAUCAAUGAUCCAAAAACAGGAAUGGACAUGCUGACAAUUAUUCCGAUUUCUCAGGCUUUAGCUAAUCAAAGUUUAGGUAGAGCUGGAAGAACAGCACCUGGAAAGUGUUAUCGUCUGUAUUCUGAAAAGGCUUACAAUGAAGAGCUGUUGCCUGAGACAAUUCCUGAAAUUCAGCGUUCCAAUUUAUCACAAGUUGUUCUGCAAUUGAAAUGUAUUGGCGUACAGAAUGUCUUGGAAUUUGAUUUUAUGGAUCCACCACAAAAGGAAAAUAUUUUAAUGUCCUUAAAGCAGUUAUUCCUUCUUGGUGCUUUAGAUCGCAAUGGUUUAGUUACAGAGAUUGGUCAAAGGAUUGCAGCACUUCCAAUUGAACCGAAUUUAGCUAAAAUGCUAUUGAUGUCUGUAAGCUUGAAGUGCACGGAUGAAGUUAUUACAAUUGUUGCAAUGUUGAGUGUUGGAAGCUUAUUUUAUAGCCCAUUCAAGAAAUCAGCAAUAGCUAAUAUGAAGAAAAGUCAAUUCGAUCAUGCUGUUGGUGAUCAUUUGCGAAUGCUGAAUGUCUUUAAGAAGUGGGAGAUUAAUCAGUACUCUGUUGAAUGGUGCAAGACUAACUUUUUGAAUGAAAAGAAAUUAUUUGAAGCUCUGGAUGUUCGUGAAAAUUUAAUGUCAAUUAUGGAAAAGUACAAUUAUGAAAUUUAUUCUGCUGGAUAUAACUACGAGCGCAUUCAAAUGGCAAUUUGUACUGGAUUCUUUCAAAAUAUUGCUUGCCAGCCUGCAUCAUUUUUGGGUCUAAGAAACAAUUCAUAUCAAACUCUUGAUAAAUCUAAAUGCUUCAUUCAUCCAGGAAGUUCACUCUUUCAUCAGGCUCCAGACUGGUAA